AUGGUUAAAGUAUUGAUCCAAAAUGUCCGCGUGUUCGAUAGCGAGACCAUUCUUGAACCUGGCAAUGUUGUCUUUACGCGAUCCGCCGGCAACAUUCAAAACUACAUGGCCGACGACUCCGACGCUGAGACUUCCGACUUUGUCAUUGAUGGCCGAGGCUGCACACUCAUACCGGGUCUCAUCGACGUCUAUGCCAAUGUCAAAGGUGCUAACGCAGCCCUUGGCAUGUACGCGAGCCUGGGCGUAACGACCAUCCUCGACAUGAGCAGCACCACCCAGCAAUGUCAGGCCAUGCGCGUCUACGCCGCCGGCAGAACGGGAAUCUCGAGCUUUCUCACCUGCGGCACCGAACCAUCUCCCGCCCGAGGCUAUCAGCCGCAGCUGUACGACGACCCGGACAGCUACAUCAUCCGCACGCGCGAGGACGCCGUGGCCUAUGUCUCGUUGAAAUCCAGCGGCCCGGACAGCUCCGACUUCAUAAAGGUCUCGGUCGACCCUGCAUCGUUCGACGACGAUAUUCUCAAGACCCUCGCCGACGCCGCCCACGCCCACGGCAAACUCAUCAUCGCCCGCACCGCCGGCAAGGCGUCCUACGAACGCGCCCUGCGCGCCGGCUUCGACGUCUUCGCUCACGCGCCCCUGGACGCGCCUAUCGACACCGCUCUGGCGCGCAGGAUGGCCGCCAAGAACGUGAUAUUCGUGCCGACGCUCACCAUGAUGCGACGGCGUGCGUCGACCAAAGACCCCACCGCAGACAACGCCACUACCGAAUCCUCCCAGAGCUUCGACAAGACCACGGCCAACCGUGGCCCUGUUGAGCGCCCCCGCACCGACGUCGUUUCCGGCGGCAGCUAUGACCACGCGACGCAGAGCGUGCGCACGCUCCACGAGGCCGGCGUCACCAUCUGCGCCGGCACGACGGCGAACCCGGUCCUGGGGUCCCAAAUCCCCUUUGGUGACAGCCUGCACGAGGAGCUGCGCCUGCUGGUCGAGGCUGGCAUGCCCGUGAUCCACGUGCUCCGCUCGGCGACCUGCGUGGCGGCCAAGGCCUUCCGGCUCAGCGACCGCGGCAUCGUCCGGGGCGGCCUCCGGGCCGACCUGGUGCUCGUCGAGGGGAACCCGCUCGAGGACAUCACCGCGACGCGGAAAAUCAGGAAGGUAUGGAUCCGCGGGGAGGAGAUCGAACCGUUUGUCGCGGCGCGCGGGAAAUACACCUAG